GUUCUUUUCCGACUGCCAAUUAUCGUGGACCUUCGCUUUAAACUUCCUGGCAAAGUUCGUGGGACUACUUCAGCGGUUUGUUGAGGAAAGGCAUAAACGCUUUAUAUCUAGCUUCAUAUAGCGUUAAUAUGCAGCGCAACAUUAAAGGCUAUACACGGCAGUUACAACCACAGCAGCCAUCCCGGAAUGAGGAGCCUACAGCAACGAAAUCCAACGGCGGGCGCGGCAGCAGCCUCUUAAACCUGCUUGGGCAUAACCGCACUCGCAAACCCUCGACCGAGACAGCGGCGACAGCAGAUGAAGGGCGAGCCCCACGCGCUCCAGCGGAGGGUGCUCCUACUACCGGCAGCAUCUCACACACCAUCCUUCGGAUAGUCGACGUGAUAAGCAGGAAGCAAGACCAGCCGCCAGGACCCCAGCAUCCGACACGGCCAGAGUCGCAGCCGCAGCCUACCCCUCCUGCCAAUUUGCAACGGCUGCAAUGCCCACAGCCGCAACCCCAACCCCAAUUCCACCAGUACUCCCGCCAGGACGCCCACAGAAACCAGGCCGACGAGAACCACCCAGCUGCCGUACGGCAGCCGUCCUGGGAACAACCCCCACCCGGACAGCCAGGAAGGCCCUACAACCACCAACCGCCACAAAACCAGCACUUCCACCAGGGAGGACAACAGCAGCAAUGCCAGAAGCAACAGCACUACCAGCAAGGUGGGCGGCAGCAGCGCUGCCAGCAGCAGGACGCCCAACCCCGCAGAGGAGAAGCCUACCAGCAACCGCUGCAACAACGGCAACAACACCCGCAACAGGAGUACCGCCAGCAGCAGCUGAGCCGGCCCCCUGGGUCUGCUUCCCUCGGCCAUCCCUUCCAUGACCCGCAGCAGUGCCCACCCUCCUCUGACUACCAGCACGUCCACCAACGACACCCACCACAACUACCACAACAGCAGCAACAGCUGCCGCACUACCAUCAAACCAAUCACCAGCACCCGUACCACUGCCAUCAGCAGCACCAGGGCUCAUGGUACCAGCAGCCGCCUCCUCCACCCAACGUGCCCCGCUCCACCGCCCAGCCCUGGCCCUCUCGCCACUCCGCUGCUCCCUCCAAUGCCCCCUCCACUUCCUCCUCCUCCCUCCAACCCUACUCCGGAGCGAAGCACGCUCCUGCUGCCCACACCGCGUACAGCAGGGGCGGCGGCGGUGGCGGUGACCCUGCGGCUGAUGACGAUGACGGCACGGUGCUUGUGUUGGGCGAGGGCAGCAAGCGCGCCGCCGCCAAGCGUGCCGGGCUGGACGGGGAGCGGUUGCGGGAGUUGCGGGCGGUGCGGGCGCGGUUGGCGGGGCCGGGUGGCGGCGGGGAGCGGCGGUUCAACCACUGGGACGACGGGGGCGGCAGCUGG